AUGCAAGCUCUAGCAGGAAGGAGAAGAAGACAUUCCCCUCUUCUUCUUAGUAAAAAAAAAAUAUAUAUAAUAAAAUUCCCAAAAAAAUAUCUAAGAAAAUUCCAAAAAAAAAAAGUGAGAUUUGGAAUUGUGAAGAGAGAGAGAGAGAGGAGGCAUGGAGAGAGCCAGUGUGAAAAUUGUGGCUUUGCUACUUUGCCUCUCCAUUGGAGCUAUAGUGGUGAAAGCUGAGGACCCUUACCUCUUCUUCGAGUGGAAUGUCACCUAUGGAACAAUUGCUCCGUUGGGUGUCCCCCAACAAGGAAUCCUUAUCAACGGACAGCUUCCAGGGCCCAGGAUCAAUUGCACAUCAAAUAAUAACAUUGUUGUCAAUGUCUAUAAUAACCUGGAUGAGCCUUUGCUCCUUACUUGGAAUGGUAUCCAACAGAGGAAGAACUCGUGGCAGGAUGGUACCCCAGGAACCAUGUGCCCCAUCAUGCCUGGCACAAACUUUACAUACCAUUUCCAAGUGAAGGACCAAAUUGGUAGCUUCUUCUACUUCCCUACCACAGGCUUGCACCGUGCAGCCGGUGGCUUUGGUGCCCUCGAUGUCCAUAGUCGUAACCUUAUUCCCGUUCCCUUUGACAAACCCGCCGAUGAGUACAAUGUCUUUUUGGGCGAUUGGUAUAAUAAGGGACAUAAAACCUUAAAGAAGAUCUUAGAUGGAGGACGCACCGUUGGGAGGCCCGAUGGAAUUCACAUUAAUGGAAAGUCCAACAAGGUUGGUGACAAAGCAACAGAGCCACUAUUCACCAUGGAGCCUGGCAAGACCUACAGGUACAGGAUGUGCAAUGUUGGCAUGAGAACCUCAAUUAAUGUCAGGAUCCAAGGCCAUGCCAUGAAACUGGUAGAGAUGGAGGGAUCCCAUACCGUGCAGAAUAUCUAUGACUCUCUUGACAUCCACGUUGGUCAGUGUCUUUCGGUCUUGGUCACUGCUGAUCAGGAGCCUAAGGACUAUUACAUGGUUGUUUCCAGCAGGUUUUUGAAGCAGGCCAUCUCCUCCGUAGCUAUCCUUCGUUAUGCAAAUGGUAAGGGUGCGGCAUCAUCCGAGCUACCAGCACCUCCACCGAAUAACACUGAAGGUAUUGCAUGGUCCAUGAACCAAUUCCGCUCAUUCAGAUGGAACCUCACAGCUAGCGCUGCCCGUCCCAACCCGCAGGGAUCCUACCACUACGGAAAAAUCAACAUCACUCGCACCAUCAAGAUCGUCAACUCCAGGAGCCAAGUAGGCGGCAAGCUUCGAUUCAGCUUGAACGGUAUCUCCCAUAUGGAUGCUGACACACCAUUCAAGUUAGUUGAAUUCUUUGGAGUCCCUGAAAAGACAUUCAAGUAUGAUCUGAUGGCUGAUGAGCCCCCAAGUGACUUGAGCAAAGUGACCAUUGUCCCGAAUGUAAAGAAUGCUACCUUCCGUAACUUCGUGGAGAUUAUCUUUGAGAACCAAGAGAAGACUAUCCAGACUUAUCACUUGGAUGGGUAUUCCUUUUUUGCUGUGGCCAUCGAGCCCGGGAAGUGGAGUCCUGAGAAGAGGAAGAACUACAACUUAGUGGACGCAGUGAGCAGACAUAGCAUCCAAGUCUAUCCAAACUCGUGGGCAGCUGUGAUGACAACCUUGGACAAUGCAGGAAUGUGGAACUUGCGAUCAGAGAUGUGGGAGAGGUUCUACUUAGGACAACAAUUAUACUUUAGCAUCCUCUCCCCUUCACGCUCCUUAAGGGAUGAGUAUAACCUUCCAGACAAUCAACCUCUUUGUGGUAUUGUCAAGAGUAUGCCCAUGCCAGCUCCAUACACACCAUAGAGUGUAAUAUGAUAAUUAAUUAGCAUCAGAGAGGAGGGAUGGAAAGAAAUGAGCUUGAAUUCUUAAAUUGAUGCACUUGUCUUCCUUUCAAAAUAUAAUAAGACAAGAAGAUUAAAAAAAAAAAAAAAGGUUUUGUACUGUUUCUCUCCCUUCUCCACAAUUUAGUUUGACGAAUGAAAUUAAUGUUCUUUUCUUUUAAAA